GCUUCAUGGCUCUUGAGAUUAAUUAGAACAGAAACGACAAAAUGGCAGCGACAGUGCCGGUCAACCCCAAGCCUUUUCUGAAUGGCUUGACAGGAAAGCCUGUUAUCAUCAAGCUGAAGUGGGGAAUGGAGUACAAAGGUUACCUGGUGUCAGUGGACUCUUACAUGAACCUCCAGUUGGCCAGCACAGAGGAGUACAUCGAUGGACAAUUCACAGGCAACUUGGGAGAGGUGCUCAUCAGGUGCAACAAUGUGUUAUACAUGAGAGGAGUGCCAGAGGAAGAUGAACCCAUGACGUGACAAAGGCUCAGCUGCUACUCAACUCAUAUAUUGGCAGGAAGAGAGACAGCCAGACUUGAGGCAGCACAUGUGGCAGCAAAUUGACCAUGUUUCUGUAUCAAAAUUACCGCCUAGGCCCCUGCUGUCACAAGGAACGUGGGUUCGAGUGUCAGUCCUUGCUUGGACUGCGAUUGUUCACUCUGCAUUUAGUUCCAAGCAGACCUCUUUGAAGCUAGCAUCCCAGAAGGGUGAUUUCAGGCACUUCUGCGCGUUUUAAAAGCAGGAUGCCAGGCUUAGUCCGGACUCCGUUGACCAUAAUCCAGCGUCAUGACACUUCUCUGACACGUUUGUAACACAAAGCAGUGCAAG